AUGCGGUCGUCACUGGAGUCACUGAUUUGCGAUGCCCGCAGCCGUCGUAAAAUAGAGGAUCGGCCCGUGUUUUUGACUGUGCUAUCGCAACCAUCUACCGCGUUUGUCGACCUGUUGUUCGCUAUCUUCAAGCACGGCGGCGUCGCAGUUUCGGUGCUCCCAGUGUGCUUCUCGCUUUUGCGCAGCAGGCUGGCGACCAGCGACCCUACGUGCUUCGAGAAGCAUAUAGUGGACAACUGGAGGUCCAUGAUCGUCGAAGCUUGCAGCGACGUCGUGGUGACCACGCGUGACUACUACCCACUGCUUUCGCCAGUAUGUCGGGAGCUAACUGUGCCUCUGCAUGUGUUGGUUCGGGCUCCCAGCGUCAUCUCCGCAUCCGAAUUCGAUGCAGCUAUGCGUGCGGGCCACGGUUAUUUCGACCUGAUGGAUACCCCUAAUACCAGCUCCGAAGUCCCUGAAGACGCGUCGCAGCUGCUCGGGAACUGUGAACGUGAAUGGUCGUUGCUGCACGUGUUUUCUGAGAUAGGCUCGUGCAACGGAAAGGUUGUUGCCCACACGAGGGCCACGUUGGAUGCGGAGGGCGAACGUGUUAGAAAUGUGUUUUCCAUCGGCGCGAACGACCAGGUGCUGAACUGCCUCUUUCCACACGAAUGCGGUUUCAUUAUGUACGGAGUGUUACAACCUAUACACGUUGGAGCCAGGGCCCACUACCCUCUAGUAGUGCCACCUGUAUCUCGAUACAGUUCCUUGAAACCGCAGUUCCCACUCACGCUUCGCCGUGACCUUCGUGAGACUGUGACCCUCUCUCUGGCGCAGUCGGUCUUCGAAUACGUUCGUUGCAGCCGCUGCAGCCCGAGCGUUCUUCUGUGCGGCCCCGAAAUGUUGAGGUACCUGCUGGAGUUUAUCAGUUGCGGAGAGCUUUCGGCAUCCGAGCGCCGCUCGUACCUCGGUCACUGGGCUGGCGUGGACCGUAUUUACGUAAUCGUGGACGCGUCGCAGUUGGAUUCCGGGUCAUUGAUUGAGACUGUGACCGCGUUUCUGAAGGCGACCUCACUGACAGCAUCCGUGACUCAGCUGUACACGUUGCCCGAGGUUGGCGUUGUGGCACAUAGGGACCUACGUGCCCCCCAUUCCACCCCCAUAGCCAUGCCAGGCUGCGCUAUUAUUGAACACGGUUCCAACUUCACUAUAACCGCUCGAACCGGCUCUGUAUUCCAGUCGUACUUGGGACGUCAGCACGCGACAAAGUGCGCAUUCGUCAAUGGUGAAUUGCGGCUGAAGUUCCGGAUGCCCGUUGAAUCCACUCCGCUGCUGCCUCGUCACCUGGAGUACGUGACGUACUUCAAGCGUCGUCGGGAGCGCAUGUCGCGGUAUCCGCAGGGCUACAUAAAGCAGGUGCCCGUCCGCACUCAGUUUUGGGGCAACUACACAGGGCGCAAGCGGCACCCGUCGGUGCUAUAG